UGAUCAAUUGUAAUUUUUCAUGCAGUAUUUUGAAAAGUAGUUCAAAUUUUAAAACUUAAUGAUGAAGUUUGCCAUCGAAUCAGUAUCAAAAUGUUGUUCAGCUCGCUUAGGUAGCUUAAGCACGAAAAAUGCAUUUUCGAAUGUGACGCUCCCAACACCGGGACUGGUGCUGCACACGAAGGGCGGCAGUGUACCGUAUCUAUCGAAAGAGGUGCUUCAUUAUUUGACUACGGAACCGCAGGUGAUGCUGUACUCCCUCACCAAUACAGAUCACAUGGAGGAAGCUGUCCGUGCCUGUGGUGAUGGCAUUGCCAGUUUCGUUGGUCAAAAGGAAUCUAUAUCCAUGCUGGUCUUGACUGAUCCUGCUGAGCUUUGUAAACCCAACUUUCACGAGAAGGACUUAGUCCCUAUCUUUAGUCGAAGUGGACGGAAAAACUUCACAUCCGAACGAUACAUGCAACUAGUGGAGGCUUUCAAGCCAGACAUUUAUGUUCCGUUGUUUGAUGGCGACACCGAUAGCGAGAGUUCGAAGAAGCGUUUGCAAAAGUCUCUGGAUAGAACUGAAAAAUUCAUAGAACAGUGUCUAGAGGUGCACCGGAAAUCGGAAAGCUUGAAACAGUCGGGUUUGAUUGGACCUGUUAUGGGAGGAUUCGAUUUGAAGCUGCGGAUGAAGGCGACUGAGUUUCUGAAUCAAUUUAAAAAUGAUUUCAGCGGAUACCUAAUAGCAGGGUUGCAUUCCAAUGGUUUAUCAGCUACUGAACUGAACGAAUGUAGCCUUUUGGAGGUAGUGGCGCAAGUAUGCCCGCAACUGCCAGCAGAGAAAACCAGAUUUAUGCUUGGCGCAUUUAGCCCAUUAAUCAUUCUAAGGCUGGUUGCUUUGGGAGUUGACGUGUUCGACACGAGUUAUCCUUAUUUGAAAUCGCAACAGAACCGUGCAUUGGUUUUCAGUUAUGACAUCACUGAGGAAGAUGUCGAAAACCGUGAGAUUGAACUGGAUAUGAAAGACCCUAGGUGGGCGGAAGAUUUUACAGGAUUCAACAAAUCUUGCACGUGUUUGGCAUGUGCUAAACAUACGAAAGCUUACACGCACCAUCUGUACAAUACACACGAAAUGUUGGGUCCGAUUCUAUUGAUGUUGCACAACAUACACCAUUAUUUUGAAUUUUUCAAAGCCAUUCGGAAACACGUCCAUGAGGAUAACAUCGAAGAGCUGAUUGAUCAUUUGAAGAAACAGAAGGAUUCUGCUCCGUUCGACGAAAAGACAGGAAUGGCCAAAUCAGAUCUAAUUAGUUCUGAAGAUAACGUAACCAAGAAAUUAAAAAUUUCUUAAUUUGCAAAGUAGACUAACGCAUAGUUCAACUGUUUUUUACCUAACGCUCCUAGAUAUGCAACCAACUU